AAAACCGCGGGAACUGUGGACUUUAGUGGAAUAAAAGUAGUGUUAAUUAGUGUUAAUGCAGGGAGUGAUCUAUCUUCAUGGUACAUUUCGGCCUUCACUAUCUGUCCAGUAGUAGCGACGUACACACAUAUCUUAAACUUUAGCCUUUAUUAUCAGUGAUAACUUUUCUCGAAUAUAUUAUAAUAUUACCUAUAUAGAAAUCUGUAACAGAAAUGUGAAUAGUCACCGGGUUCAGAAGUGUCGAAUUAGUGAAGCGACUAGCCGACUACAGCUCGAACUACCAGUAGCUCCGCGGUACACCGGAGCUGGACAUAAACGAGAGCUCCUGGGUUCGACCCCCGCCCGUACCCUCCAUCACUUUCAUCAGCAAGGGCGUAGCUACCGCUGUAGCAGCCGUAUCAAUAAUAGGGGGCCCUCACACUAGCCCCUUACGUGUGAAAGCAAAAAUUAGUAAAAUGUUACUGCUGUGGGUGCUCCUGGGCGCAGGCGUCGCGAGCGGGGCGCCGCAAGACGCCGACGUCGCCUUCGUCGCGAGCGAGACGCCGCGGGACGUCGACGUCGCCUUCGUGGCGCCGCAAGACGCCGACGUCGCCUUCGUCGAGAGCCCGCCUGUGGCGUCCACCGAGCGCGGCGACCUGGCGCAGGACGACGCGGAGACGGAAGCCCCCGACGACGCGGGCGCUGCGACGGAAGCAGAACGACCCACCACUCCGACAGCGGAGGCAGGCGGGCGGACGGAGCGCCCCGCUACUACGAGAAUCGAAAUAGAAACAGAAAGACUCAUUUCUUCAACUACCGCAGCGACGGAGUCCGAUCGCGCCCUUUCCCCGAGGGGCGCUCCGCUGCGGACGUUCACGCGCGCGCCGCGCCCCCCGCGCCCCGCGCCGCGCUUCCUGUCCAAGCUGAGCUACUACAGCGCGGGCGGCGGGGGCGGCGGGGGCGGCGGGGGCGGCAACCUGCUGCCGGGCGGCGGCAAGGAGACGCGCGGGUUCAAGAGCCGCUGCCGCUGCGAGAGGAUCUGGAACUGCCCCAAGCUGCAGAUCACCGUGCCGCGCUGCCCCGACGAGUACUUCCUGUGCUGCUUCUGAGCCGACGCGCGGCGGCAGGCGGCAGCGUCCCGCCGCAGCGGUCCCGCACUGCUCGGCGGGACGCCGUGUCGUUGGACGCACCCGAUGACGGCCGACUGGUUUACUUCGGUGUGUUUCAAUGAUUUUAGGUUGAGAUGUAUUUUGUACUACGUAAUCAUUCCGGAAGUUUAUUUAAAUAAUUUAAAGUUAUACUUGGAGUCCUUACGUAGGACUGGCCGAUAGACCCUCAUCGUCGCGCCUCAUCGUCUACGGUUAGAGAAGUAAAUCGAUUGAAAUUAUUUAUUGUUGCUCAAAACGAAUGUGUUCAAUUAUUAUUUUAGUUAUGUAUAUAAUAAGUCAGGACAUGUAUAAUCUCGUAGAGUAUGCAAAUGAAGCGGUCAGUAGAGAUGAUCCCACCGACGCUCCGUAGCCAUAUCCUGCAGUCAGUCAGUCAGUCAGCGAGUCAGCCGCCCACACAGUGGUGCAGUCAAGAAGAGUCCUCGCACACAGGACCGUCGCGACGUAGACGACGAACCCAAACCCUGAGCAAAGCAGUGUUUUGCAAUAUCGAAAUCAAUAUUUUGAAUUUUGCAAAAACAAAACAAAUAUUCGGUAAAGUUCACCACAGCACUUUAAGUUUCUUUUAUUAAAUAAAAUAGAUAUCUGAAUGUGUGGCGCAGCCCCGCCCACAACACUGUACAUGCGCUCCAGUGUGAUGCAUGCUUUGUGGCUGCAGUUGAGCGAGUUAAACGCCAUCACAAAAUAUACCCGGUAUAGUGUAACGUUGCGUUCGAGACUGCCGAGUACAACGCACCAAUACCAAUGUGCUGAUGCCGUAUACCUUAUGUUAUUUGUGCUAUAUAUUGUGUAAAUAAAAUUCAUUGUAAUAUGAAAGUUUAAUAAAAAAAUACAAUAUACAUACUUAAAGCAGUUCAUUUAAUAUUGUUUACGAGAAUAUACUAAUUUACAAUUUCGUCUAGUACUACUAUAAUGCUUACACCUACAUCUCCACCGUUCAUAAACAUUUAUAAUCACAAUAAUAAAACAAAAUAUAUCACAGGGUCUACUGGCAGUUUGAUACUAUUACUAUCGCGUUAACGUAAACGCGAAUUUCUAAGGAAUUGAAACGGCGCCAUCUAGUGGCGCUACUGCACAAUUGCUUCAACUCCAUAUAAAUUCACGUUCACGUUAACGCAAUAGUAACAGUAUGAAAAUAUUGAAAACUCCCACUAGGCCCUCUGAGAGCGCGCAGCGGCUGCCACGUCAUCGUGCGAGUAUACGUCUAAUACAGAGAACAAUAGGAACAAGUAGAGAGCGCAUUCAUUCUAAGCAUUCGGACAGUUCAAGUAGGUGUAGCCCCUGCAGUAAGUGGAGCCAACGCGACAGUUGUGUGCGCGCGCACUACAGUUGUAGACAAAAGUGUACGACGCGUGCUCCGAAAUUAAAGAUAACAUUAAAGAUAUCAAACAAUUAAAAUU